GGAGGCGCCCGCUCCAGGCCUCGGAGUACCGAGCGGCUCGAUCUCCCCGGCCUGAGCCCUCCCCCUCUGCCCAGCCCCAGGCGGCGGAGCGCCGAAUCGCUCGAUGAGCGGGGGCGCUGCAGCGGAGCGGAGCGGUGGCGGGUCUGCGCCCUCGGCCUUCCCCCUCCCACCCUUCUUCCUCAGCUUCCCGCUCCCUCCCCCGCCCGCCCUGCGCUACCAGCGGGGACUGCUGCCCGGAGCUCUUCCGAGACCGCAGGUGGUGAAUACUUAUUCUGUUGGGAAAUACAAGAGUAUUUGUGAGCAGAAAGUAUGCCUCCCAAGUUCAAGCGCCACCUAAAUGACGAUGACGUCACCGGGUCUGUGAAAAGUGAGAGGAGAAAUCUUCUGGAAGAUGAUUCAGAUGAAGAAGAGGACUUUUUUCUACGGGGACCAUCUGGACCUAGAUUUGGACCUAGAAAUGAUAAGAUUAAGCAUGUUCAGAAUCAGGUGGAUGAAGUUAUUGAUGUAAUGCAAGAGAAUAUUACAAAGGUAAUUGAAAGAGGAGAAAGGCUAGAUGAACUACAGGACAAAUCAGAAAGCUUAUCGGAUAAUGCAACUGCUUUCAGCAAUAGAUCCAAACAGCUUCGAAGGCAAAUGUGGUGGCGAGGAUGCAAAAUAAAAGCCAUCAUGGCUUUGGCUGCAGCUAUCCUUUUGCUCAUGAUUAUCACUCAGAUCAUCCUGCACUUGAAAAAAUGAAGUUUUACCACCAUCAAAACUAUCAUUAUUUACCAACAGUGAAGAUCAACAGAAAAAUUCAAGUAGCUUUGCUAAUGUUAGUUGAUGCCCAGUGAACUCAGGUCACCAUGCCAUGCCUGGUGCGUGCCCUUGUGGUUGUCUGUAACAGAAGCCUCUUCCCUUGCAGCAGUUUGUGAUGAAUGGGUUGCUUCUCCAUCACAACCCAGUGUUGCCUGUGGUCUUUUGGUUCCUUUGUCCUAACAAAACUCAUUGGGAAUUGUCCCAAAAGUUUAUAAACUGGGAAAUGUAUUGAUUAAGAGAAGGUCCGGUAUUGAUGAUGGAACAUUAUUUAAAAUGGAGAAAAGGUACAUCAGAUGCGGAGGUAUCUGCAAUGGCGUUCCUGUAGACUGUCAUUACAGUUCACUCCUAGGCUCUGUGUUAGAAAGUAAUGUUGGCAUUCUGAUAGCAGAAACCAGCACCUUUCUAUUCUGUAUGACAUGUGGGUGCCCUGUAAAUGCGAACACACACACAGGGUGAGGCUCAGGUGUGACAAGAGCCUGACCUAUGUCCUUGUCACUUAACACCUGUUCUAUGUCCUGUUGACACUGUAGCCCAAACAGACUUGUAUUUACAUCUCAUAUAUAUUUUGUGGCUAGGAAAUAUGCAAGAAGUUUUUAUAGUGUUGAAAACAAAUGUUAUUAGAUGUUCUUAGUUGUAUUGAGUCAGAGUGUUACUAAGUUAGGGACUGGACUACUAAUAGAUUUUGUGUUUUCACAUAGAAAUGUUAUCAGAGUCAGUUUAAUAAGAUAGUAAGAGCAUGAGUCAGUCUAAACACAUGGGGGUGGGGGUUGUCAAAUAACAGCAUAAAGGCAAUAGCUCAGAAGAAACAGAAAGGGGCCAUCUUUGUCCAUAUAAAUGUGCCCUCCCUUAGACUGACAGAGUCUGAGUCUAUCUUGUGUGUCAUGGUUUUUUUGGUUGGUUGAUUGGUUGGUUGGUUGGUUGGUUGGUUGGUUGGUUGGUUGGUUGGUUGAUUGAUUGGUUGGAGCUGGUGCUGGUGCUGGUGUUGGUGUUGAUUUUGGUGUUGGUUUUGGUUUUGGCUUGGCUUUGGCUUCAGCUUUGGCUUUGGCUUUUUUGAGACAUGGUCUCACUGUAUGACCCAGACUGGCCUCAGAUGCACAAAGAGUCAUUGGCCUUCCACGUGCUGGGAUUGGGAUUAGAGGCAUGUGCCACCACACCCUGCAGCCUUUUUUCUUUUUGAUCAAAUAAUUCCUGGCUCAAGUUAUCUUUCCAACUUAGCCUCAGAAGUAGCUAAGACUACAUGUGGGCACCAGCAUGUGCUGAUGGGCCUUCUCUUUAAGUCUGAUGUUAGUCUCACUUGGAUAUUUAUUUUCAUAUAUCAAGCACAAUAAGGGGUGGAACACACUUUUAUUCUGGCUCUUGUUUUAUUUUACAAGUCUACUUAGAACAGGUUAGCAGGGAUGAGAAGAAAAACAUUGCUAAUCCAGUUGGGAUACAUGUAAGCUUAAACUUAUAAAAAGGACCACACCCUGUUGUGUCUCUCAGCUACAAGUUCCUGUGUGUAUGGCUGUGCCCCAGAAGUCACACCUUGCUGGUGGUGUAUAAGUGAGGGCUGAUUUCCAGUGUGUGCUAAGAGGUAACAUGAUUGAAGUAGGUGAACCUAGAGAUAAAAGGGUUCUUAUGGUGUUUCAUUCAGUUCUUUUCACUUGAAAAGAAGUCAUAUAUUUUAAAGCUGUAAAUUGUAUAUGUCUUAGGAUUUAGUAAAAUGUCAGAGAUCAAUCUAUAAGAAAAUUCAAACAUUGUUUUUAUAUCUUAGUUGUAUGUCAUUAUUUUAGAUCCUAUAAUCCCUAAUUUAGCCAUUUCGGCAAGUGCCUUUGACACUUAAGGAGUAUUAUGGGAGAUGAGCAAAUGUAGGUGCCACACCGCAUUUCCUGGCUUCUCAAUUCCUCGUGACGGUAUAUGUUUUACAGUGCUACAAAGUUCAGUUCUUUGUGUUCACAUGAUAUUGUAUUGUAGCUUUUCCGUAGUAAACAGCAAAAUAAACCAUUUUGCAGAAAAUGAAAAGAAA